ACAACGGACGGAACAGUUACUUACACAGGAAGUAAAAUUGAAUCAGAAGGUUUGCUCAAUUUGACAACAAUACCACACUGUAAGUGUGGAUUAGGUAUUUAAUCUUAAAUCGAUUUGAAACGUAUUUUAGGUCAAAAUGCUGAUCAAGGUUAAGACUCUCACUGGCAAAGAAAUAGAGAUCGACAUUGAGCCCACAGACAAGGUGGAGAGAAUUAAAGAAAGGGUGGAGGAGAAAGAGGGGAUUCCACCUCAACAACAAAGACUCAUCUACAGUGGAAAACAGAUGAACGAUGAGAAGACCGCUGCAGACUACAAGAUCCAGGGAGGCUCAGUGCUGCAUCUGGUCCUGGCGCUAAGAGGAGGGCUUGUCUGCCACUGUUCCAGCAUACACCUACUCUCCUAGUGGGCAGAAACUCUACAGUUGGGCCUUGUGCCAACCAUAGAGUUUGCUGCUCUGUGUGACGAUGACAAUUUGGACUGCUAUAAUUCCUCUGUGUAGGUUGUUUUUGUAACCACCCAUGCUUAAAUUCCAACCGUGUAAAUGGGACACAGUGGGAGAGUGAGUUUGGACACUGGUUAUUUUGCUUGUGAAUAAAAGGUGAAAUUGA